ACACCCCACCCUCCUGUGAUCCGGCCCCGCCCACUCUCUGCAGCCCCGGCCGGAGCCGCUCCCUGAUCCCCGAUCUGUCACAACAUGGCGCACCAGACCGGCAUCCACGCAACACCGGAGUUGAAGGAGUUCUUUGCCAAGGCUCGGAAUGGAUCCAUCCGCCUUAUAAAAGUGGUCAUUGAAGAUGAGCAGCUGGUGUUGGGUGCGCACAAGGAGCUCAGACACAACUGGGACAAGGACUACGACACCUUCAUCCUCCCCCUGCUGGACGACACGCAGCCAUGCUACAUCCUCUACCGGCUCGACAGCCAGAACGCACAGGGGUUCGAGUGGCUCUUCCUGUCGUGGUCACCUGAUCACUCUCCGGUGCGGCUGAAGAUGUUGUACGCGGCGACCAGAGCGACCGUGAAGAAAGAGUUCGGAGGGGGACACAUCAAAGACGAAAUGUUCGGGACGCUAAAGGAAGACGUUGCCCUCGGCGGUUACCAGAAACACGUCUCCUCUUGCGCCGCGCCGGCGCCACUUACCGCGGCCGAGCAGGAGCUGGAGGAGAACUUUCUCUUCACUGUCCAGAAACUGGAUAUAGAAAAGGAGACCAUCGACCUGGUGCACACCAAGCACACCGACAUCCAGGAUCUGCCGGCCAGGGUCCCCAAAGACACGGCGCGCUACCACUUCUUCCUCUACAAACACUCCCACGAAGGAGACUAUCUGGAGUCUAUAGUGUUCAUCUACUCCAUGCCGGGAUACAAGUGCAGUAUAAAGGAGCGUAUGCUCUACUCCAGCUGUAAGAACCGCCUCCUGGAGUCCGUGGAGCAGGAAUACCAGCUGGACAUCGCAAAGAAGAUCGAAAUAGAAGACGGAUCCGAGUUGACGUCCGAGUUCCUCUACGACGAAGUCCACCCCAAACAGCACGCCUUCAAACAGGCCUUCGCCAAACCCAAGGGACCCGCAGGGAAGCGCGGGCAAAAGCGCUUGAUCAAAGGCCCCGGGGAGAACGGAGAGGACAGUUAAAGGGAGAUGGGGGGUGGGGUGGGGGGGCGGAUCCCACCCUAAUCUGGGCUUCCUUUGAUUGGCAGGAUGGGGCCUGCGCCGUGUGCGGGAUCCCCUGCGGGUUAUUUUGUUGCUUCCUCCGCGAUAUGGCGAGGUUGGUGUGGUUGGGCCCCAGGAAAACCUCCGCCCUCCUCCCCAUCCUCGUCCUCCUCCGCUUGUGGCUUGCUCCAUCCGGAAUCCGGAUAAAUCCUUUUAUAUUAUUUUCCUUCUUUUGU